UCGUAUGGAAGUAAGUAAAUAUGUAUGGAUGUAUGGGUGUAUGGGUGUAUGCACAAACGAUUGUCGAAUUUAUGUCGCGGUUUCCGUUACGAGGAGUAUUUUUGAUGGGGCAGAAAAAGAGGAGAGAGGCAGAGGAUGUACGACGACGAUGGUGGUGCUGGUGAGAUAAAGAUGCACGAGACAGAAAGAAGAAAGUGAGGAGAGCGGACGAGAAGGAGGAGCAGACAAGAGAACAAGAGAAAAAGAAAUUUAGAAAUUAAAAGACCAAAUCACGAUAAAAUCAACAUGGUUCAAUCAAUUAAAAACGUGGAUUUUGAUAGCGAGGCGUGAUGGGUGAGUGACGGGAUGGGUGACGAUUGAGUGAGCGAGCGUCAGGUUAGUCGUUGACCCUGAGUUUAACUCAAUGAGGCUGGAUCUAGGAUUAAUUGAUGGGAAAGGAUCGUUCUAUUGGACAUGUGUCGUUGGUCUUUCUGCUUUGAUAUCUACUGACGAGGAGGGAGAUGAUGGCAAUAUCUAGACUCUUCUAUCUUGUCUGUCGGGGGGAUCAAUGGCAUUCCCAAUCGAUGCAUGGGAAUGCACAAAAAGAUAGGGAUGAGGGCGAUGCAACACAAUACAAGAGAGCACACUCAAUACGACACAACUCAACACAGCACAACUCAAUACAAUACAAUACAACUCAAUACCACGUAUAUUAUAUUGUGUCGGUGCCAUACAAAGUGCACAGUAGUAUGUAUACAUACAUACAUAUAUAUACACACAUGUAUAUACAUCCAAAAAGCGAUCGUCAACAUCCGAGGAGCAACAAGCACAUAGGGAAAGGAUAUGUUCCGGACCCAGACAUCGGCAGCUUCCAAUACCCAAUAUCCAAUAUCCAGGGUCCAAACGAACGAACGUGCAUGCAUCAAAGAUACUAAAGAAAGUCCGCCAUUCAUACCGGCCGGCACUUUAGACUCAGAAGAAGUCCAAGCACGCACGCCAUUUGGUAUUGAUGGGAAGGAAAGGGCUGGAUAGAGCAGAGGAGGGAUCUACUGGCCGUGGAGUGCUAUUACCCAUCCAUCUCCACCACACGUCCCUUCACCACUUCAUUGGACAUCCUGUACGAUAGAUUAUAUACAUGUAUGUGUGCAUAUAUCCAUGCAUCCACAAGACUGUCUGUACCGGCACAGCCUUCCUCUCAUUCAUCAGCCCCCCCGUGCCCUCCCUUCCCCUCCCCUUAUCAAGGCCUCGCAAUGGAUUGAUACCAAGCAUCCAAUUAACCAACAACGUUCUAUUUAUAGCUACACAUGCCGCAAUGCAGGCCAGUCAAAUAGAAAGUGGGCGAUAAUUGUGCAAGAGCACAGCUUGCAACGAAAUCCCUAGUCAACGCGAGAAUAAGUUGUGCUCUCCCAAGCCUUCUAUUUGCCCCCUUAUUAAACAUCCCUUGGGCAUGAGAAAGAGCAUGGGUCUGUCGGUUCCCCUCUUCGCAAUGCCUUUAUCGCCCAUAAAACGUCUUUGCUUUCCGCUCGUGUUUCUGAGAAAUUUCCAGCUUGAAACCUUUACGAAGGAUACUCUGGGAUACUUUCGAAUGCUUUCCUUCACAUAAUCGUUCCUUUUGUGG